AAAAAAMCCAGAAAACAAAGACAAUCGAUAAAGAAGAAGAUCAAUAAAAACCUAUUUAUAGAGUUCCUAUUUUCUUCGCUGACACGUCAAUUUUGAUCAAUUUUGUCGAAAAUUUAUUGAGUAUUAUAAUUAUUAUUUUCUAGAUAAAAAAAAGCCUCAGCACUAUUGUAAUUCAUUUUUACUUAGAAAAUGAUGCAAGAGAAAACAACAACAGACAAACAAACCAAAAUUAAAUUCUCUGAAAUAGAGGAAACGUUAAGCCCAUUUUGUUCGCGCUGAGGCUUGCCCACUUUUAUGACUUUCAGUAUUUUUAACCAUAUCUACGCCAAGGUUCUUCUAUAUAGAAGCACCUAAUCAGYCAGGCCAAACACACAUCUUAUAUAACAGCAUCAGACAACAGUUAAAGACACUGAAUCCGCGCUGGCGCUGAAACUUUGACGUMAACAAGCGACAUGAUGGCAUCCUUCAACAACAUYUUACGUUAUCAAUGGUCUUCUUUGUGUGGACACGCAGGGCGAAUUCUCCCUUUGGUCUACUUAACCUUCCAGCUYUUCCGCUUUGUUGCACUGAUCAUGUUUACGACUUUCAUCGUCGAUUGUACAGUGUACCACWCUGAAACCACUGUAAAUUGUACGGGAAAUACUAUUGUCAACACUCCUGGAUGCAAUGCAUACUGUUGGAAGGGAUUGUGGUUACUGUGCUCAAUCAUAACAUCUGGAAUUGCACUCUGCUUCCUCACUGUUCCUAACAAACUGACUGAGCAGCUACGGCCAGCCUCCAGUAUCAAAGUAAUGCAAACAUUGUUGGUUAAACCAUACUUCUGGUAUAUGAACAUGAUCUUCAUCUUAGUCAUGCUUUACGAUGCCUUAAUCGAGACCCAAAAUCUUGCAAAGGGUUCCUCAGCUGUUGAAGGUUGUGUGAUAAUGUCAAAGUUUUUGACACUGUGUUUGAUUUUUCAAUUGAACUUUACAUAUCCGCCAUAUCGACCAGAGUACUCUUGGGUUACCAUCAGCUUGUAUCACGUGACGCUUGUCAUGUUCCUUUUGGAUAACCUGUGCAAGUUUGUUGAAUUGUCCAUAAGGGUUUCUUAUAAAUUGUACUCCAUAAACCCAGACAACGACAUACAGAAAGCAAUACCAUGUCUCAUGCUUGAGGUUAUUGAUGCGUCUCUUUAUCAUAACUUUUUAUCUUUCUUUUGGAAUAAACUCUUUCGAGGGAAAAAUGAUGUCCUUAUGGUGUACACCCCGGACAUUUCUGAGUCUGUGUCUGGAAUACAACUUGAACGACAAACAUAUCAACAACUGUAAAUAAGUCAACAUUUUAUUACUCGUAUCGCAGGGUUCUUGCGACCUCAUUACGUAAAGCGGGUAAUUCGUACUAUAGGUAACCAUUCAAUUUCAAUUUGAAAAUAGUUUGCACGAGUGCGUUUUUCACGCAAUGUAUUUUCGCCAUGAAAGGCCUAUUUUUGAUUGGCUAAAGUUUUUUUUUUUAAUUUUCUCACGUAAAAUCCGAACGUCGUUGGCAUAKUUUGGCAAAUUAAAGCAAGCGAUCGCAAAGAUUCUUGGAUGCAGAUGGGUCUUUUAAUAUUAUUUUGCACAAAUUGUAAAAACUCUAUGAACAAUCAGAUGUAAAAUUAGAAUGGAAAUUCAAGAAUACGAUAAAAUUUACCGAAAAUGGAAAAUGAACGGAAGGCUCUGGUUGGAAACGAAUGAUUCUUUGGGCGCUUUCCAUUUGUCAGAACUGGCUGGCCAGACCCCGAGAAAAUGUCAUUAUCAUAUCAUUCCUAUUUAGUCGGGAAAUUCAAAUUUUCAAAGUCUAUCCAUUAUUCUAUAGAAAAUCUCGAAAUGCCUGAAAAAGGUUGAC